GCUCUUUUAUGGUCCUUUCAUCCAACAAGUUCUUUCAUCUGUGAUAAAAAUGCCGAAAUUUGUGAAACAUCGCUAAUUGCAGAACACCGCCUGACGAUGUUUCACCCGAACGCAAAUAAAAUUGUGCCAUACGGAGGAAAACUAUACCCAUAUAAUACUGACCCCAAAUCAGCAACAGACCUAGAUUCUGUUCCCGAAAACGAGGUCAUUAUUGCCAAUGGAGUCCAGAGACCAGUUGUUGUCUUCAAUAAUACACUUCCAGGUCCUGAUAUCAUUGUAUAUGAGGGACAGACUGUGAUUAUCCAUGUAACAAACAAAAUGCAUUCAGAGGUCCUUGGUGUACAUUGGCACGGCCUUUACCAACGCAACACGCCAUUCAUGGAUGGGGUACCAUUUAUUACACAGUGUCCUAUAUUACCAGGUCAAAUAUUUACCUACAAGUUUCAGGCCUACCCAAAAGGAACGUUUUGGUAUUACUCAACAACAGGACUUCAGAGAAUUGACGGGGCUUCUGGUGCUCUAAUUAUUCGUCCAAAGGGUGCUGACACGACCACAGAACAUGUCUUGCAAGUUCAAGAAUGGUACAAUAGCAUGCACUCCAAUGGCGCAUCACUUCUUGCAAAUUUUGGAGAAGGCACUCAACACGGCAAACAUUUAAUCUCACCCGAUGGUGCUAUCUAUCAUAGUAUUUUCACUCCAACAAGCGCUCUCAUAAAUGGAAAAGGAAAAGUAAAUGAAUUGCCAUUUGACACGUUCAAGGGGAAUAGGAAUAACUCAUUUUUGUUCCGGACAAUAGCAACAGGUGCAGUUUUGCCUUUCAAAAUUUCUAUAGAUGGUCAUACAUUAACGAUAAUUGAAGCAAACGGGUAUAGAGUGAAGGGCAUCAACGUAGAGUCGGUUAUACUCAACCCCGGGGAAAGAAUCGUUUUCAAGACUAACAAAUUAGACUCUAGAACUUAUAAUUUCUGGAUACGGGCGACAACGGUUGAUGUUACUAACAGUAUAGAGGUCAGAGCUAUAUUACGUUAUGAUGAAAAUGAAGUAGCAGAGCCGAAAACUAGCCCGACAAUUUGUUCAUCAAAAAAACCAUGUAAAGUGUUUAAUUGUCCUUUUGGAUUAUUCCCCGUAAAAGAAUACAUGGAAUGUAUAACUGCUGACAAGGUGGAUUCUCUUGAACCAACGGAGCUACAAAAAGUUCCCAAUAAAAAGCAGUUUAACGAAUACUUUCUCAAUUUCGAAUAUCCUGGAACCCCAAAAGCAGCUAUUAACGGAAAACAAUUUCUACAACCCACGGCUUCAGCUCUUACACAACCCAACAGUAUCUCUACGCCAUGUAAUACCAGCUGUGUUGGUUGUCAGUGCACUAAUUCAAUUAACCUGAAACACAACGACACGGUUCACUUCGUUCUUACCAAUAUAGGCACUGGAAAAGGGUGGGGACAUCCAGUCCAUUUACAUGGACAUUCAUUCGAGCUCCUAAAAAUGGGAUUUCCAACAUAUAACAGAAUCACUGGCAACAUUACCACUGAAAACGAAGAAAUCAAAUGUAUCAAAAGACGCAACGAUUACUGUAUGACUUUUACAUGGAGUGAUUCCUCUUGGAUGAAUGGUAAUGCUCUAGGGCUAAACCUUGUCAAUCCACCCUUAAAAGACACCGUAGUUAUCCCUAGAGGGGGUUAUGUUGUCAUCAGGAUUCGAGCAAAUAACCCCGGUCUCUGGUUGCUUCACAGUCUUGUUGAUCAUCAGACGUUAUACGGAAUGUCUGUUAUGAUUAAUGAGUCCUCCAACUUUGUUCAUCAACCUCCAAGUGAUUUUCCCAAAUGUGGCAACUUUGACGGCAUCCAAACGCCUUUACAUUAAGUGAUUAUAAUAUAUUUUAUAAAUU